AUGGAGGAACCACAGACCCUAAGAUCUCUUUUUGCCUCUGCUAAGGCGCAAAAGAGUAGUCUCGGGUCACGGGCUGACACCAAUACCGAGGCCUACCGAGACGAGGUGAAUGCAGCCAUCUCCAAGUUCCAAGAAUGCCAGCGACAAGUGAGCAUUCUGUCACUUUUCAGCAACAAUGAGUUGCUAGAGGAUGUAUCCACUGGUGAUCUCCAGUACAUGUCGCUGGAAUACCAUCUCGCCGAAUUGAUGCAGCGAGGCGCAACCUCAGACCGUGAAGCAGUUCUUCGACGUGCCAUGGAACAAUAUGAAAAAUAUUUGAUGCGCUUGGAUGAAUAUUUGUUACUCCCUGCUGGUGAUAAGAAGCUCUUUGAGCAGUACAUGACAAAUCCAACUUCGUUCACACUGGCACCUUCCAACGAUGCAGCCGCGCGUCGGGAGAUUAAAGUCAAUCGGUUUAGGGAAGAGAAGGAACUAAAGCAAAAGUUGGAGGCAUCUCGACUGCAAAGCGACGAUGACGACACCCGAUCACUCUACCUGGCAGAACUCCAGCUCUAUACUCACCAGACAUUCCAAGCAUUGGAUCUCCUGAUCCAAGAAUUGUCGAUACUAUCAGCUAUGCGCAAUGCUCCACCUCGGCCCCCACCGACCGAUGACCCCAGACAGCGAAGUAAUAUUGGAGGACUAAAUUAUUCCGACCGCUUGGAUCCUUCCAUGUCGCAGCUUCUGGGCCGAGGCCGAGGCGGCCCUAUCUUGAACAGCAAAGGAAAGCCGAUGCAGCCAUUUACAUUGCUGGGCCGACGCGCUGAAAUGCAACAGGGAGUCUUCCGUCCCGGUCAUAACCUGCCUACAAUGACCAUCGAGGAUUAUCUUGAUGAGGAACAUAGAAGAGGCAAUGUCAUCGAAGGAGGAGGCGAAAAGUCCGGCAUCAAACCUGAAGUUGAUGAGGAUGAUCAUAACAUUGCCGACCAGGAAACGCUGAAAGCUCGAGCUUGGGAUGAAUACACGGAAGCCAACCAGAAGGGCGCUGGUAACACGCUCAACCGGGGUUAA